CGAGUCUGAGCAUGGUCGUGGUCUCGGCCAAGGCGUCGGACGCGGCCGUGGCCAAGCCGCUGGCGCCGAUCCCGAAGCGGGCAUCGGCAUACGUGCCACCGCGCCCGGCGGCGGCUGGGCCCGUCCCGUCUAGCCGUCGCGGCGUGGCCAAGCCACAUCGGCACUCGGCGGCGGUCACCUACGAGUCGCGAAAGCUGCCACCUCUCGCCCGCGGCGCAGCGGCCGUGCCCCACCGACCAUCCUUCCUGACGUCGUCUUGGCACAAGGUGCGUGUCGCAGGCCGUCUGAAAGACCUUCGGCGGUCGUUGGACCCGCGGUCGGCCGAGCGCGCGGCGGCGCCCAUGCGGCGCAUGUCGUUGGGGCUUGGCCGCGUGAACCGCAAGGAGAAAAUCGUCGCUCGCUUCGUACUGCAGCUGCAGCUCGCAGUGCUCAAGAAAGAGACGGCCACGACGCCUAUGCACUUGAAGGACGACCCGCACACGGCGCACGACCUCGAGUCGCGCAUUGGCGACUGGACGCUCGAUGGCACCUUCCGCCAGCUCAACCGACGCAUCUUUGCCAACGCCAUGCUGGGCCUCGGUCUCGGCCUCUGGGAAAUGCAAAUCGCAUGGGAUGCUGCCGCGAAGGACGGCGCCACAAAGCGCAUUGAGCUCACGGCGUCGGCCCAAGGCACGAUCCUCAAGCUCGUGCUCUCCGCGUCGACGCUGCUUUUGAUCAAGCAGCUGCACACGAUGUACGGUCUGCUUGUCAAGGAGGCGCACGCCACGUCGGGGUCGGCCAUCUUCCCGCAGCUGCCUCCGCCAUGGCCGCGCCACCUCGCCUGCCGCUUUGCGCUCGAAGUUGUCAUCGUGGCCAUUCACCCCCCUCCGUUCCUCGAUGAUUACAUCCACGAAACUGCGUGCUGCAUGAUGUUUCUACGGCUGUACCUGGUCGCGCGCGUGGUUCGCGACCACGCGACCGUCUACCAGCGGCGAGUGGAUAUCGUUCAGAAUCGCUUUCUGACGUCCCAGAGUCCCCACUUCAACUGGUUUUUCGUCGUACAAAUCGCAUUUCACCAGACACCACUUCUGGUCGUCACGUGCACCACAAUUGCGAUCUGGGCGGCGCUCACCAUCUGCAUCUACGAACUCGAGCGAGCGUACCAGCCCGACGUGUUUACACUCCGGAACGCCGCAUGGUUCACCUACUCGCUCCUCACCAUCCACGGCCCCGGCUUCCACCCGAUCUCGUCGCGGGGGCAUAUUGUCGCGGGUAUCUUGGUCUUCUCGGGCCUCCUCUUUGAGACGCUCAUCGUGGUCGCUGUCUCGCAGCUCAUCGGCUUGGACGACAAAGACCGCGUCUUAUUAGCAUACCUGCAAGACACAGAGACGCGAGACGCGCUCCGGCACCGCGCCCAAAGCGUCCUGAAAGCAUGGCUCCGCUGGCGGCUCGCGCAGAGGCGUUGCGUUGGAACCAAGCGAGUCGACCACCUCGAACACCGGUUCUGGCACGCCGUCGAGCGCCUCCACGAAGUGAAAAACGCGCGCGAGCUCUCGGCCGAGUCGAAUCCGAUGCUCGAUACACUUUGCUGCGUCGAGAGCCACGUGCGGCGCAUGGCGCAGACACUGCGCGGGCCCCUUUGCCCACACUGCCAUGGCAUGACCAUCAAACAGGAGACGGCGCAGGCAUCCCCUUCAGAGCUCCGCGAGCUGCAAGCCAACUACGACGCCAUCAUCGCGCAGCAGCGGGACAUGCUAUCUCUGCUCGAGAAGCUCCCGCAGUCCACUUUGACUUAG